GAAGAUCCACCGAUUCAAGUUUGACGUAUAUUUAUAUUUAUUAAGGCUUCCGAAGACAAGAACAUUGCUGACCUGGCCGCUGAGUUUGGCAGCGAGCCUUGACAUUCAACACGCCGACGCCACCUCCCAGGUCCAACCCCUGAAGCCCAGGAAUGAACCUGACAGCAGCUCGGAGACGGAUGGCCCUGAGAUAAGGUUUGCACGGCUGUAUUUGUCAUCUCAGGUUUCAGGGCCGAUCCUGGAUCCUGUAGUUGUUUUUUCCUGCACAAAGCAGAGUCAGCGUGGGUGAACAUACGGGGCAGCUGUGAUGUGAAGGACUUCGUCGACACCUUUUCUCUGCAGCAAUAAGGAGAGAUUCCCUGAAGAAUGGACGGCAGGCCCAUGGAGGCGUCAGCACAGGUCUGUGAAACGGCCUUUGGUGGUCCCGCCUUGCACAAACAGAGGAAGAUCCUCCACUUCUCCAGCGGCGAGACUCUGGAGGUGGAAGACAGUGAAGAAGAGGAGGAAGAGGAGCAGGCAUCCAACACAACCCUCUUCACAGAGCCUGCGGGGAGGACGAAGCUUUCGUUCAGGAAUGCUGCCCUUCUGGUUGGGAGGAUCUCCCUGCUGACUUGUGAUUUCCUGGGAGAAAGACUCGCUGGUACUCUUGGACUCAAUGAGGCAAAAUACCAGUACGCAAUAAAUCGGUAUCACCGGGAACACAAGACCGCAGGGGUCCAGAUCCAGGACCCGGUCCGGGGACGGCCCGAGGCCACGCACCUCUCCCCUGGACUGGAUGGGAGUCAUUAUGGAGCGACUGGAGGCGUGAACUGCUCGGCCAAACCCCAGCAGAACGAAAAUGAGAAGCACGUGUCCCCAGGAGAAGGACGUCACAACAGAGGCUACCAGCCAGACGAGGAUAACUCGUAACACAAGAAAAAUAAAGAAAAUAAAAAUAAAAAAAGCAAAAGAAUGUGAACGCUCAAUAACACACGGUGAAAUAUUGUGGGCUGCUUUUGAAAUAUCAAAACUGGGGUUCAUAUGGAGUGGUAAUAUUGAGUGAAUGGAAAUGACAGCCUGAAAGAAACUUUGACUUACCGCUCCAUGAAAGGAACAUGCUAAAUGUGACAUAAGUAGUUUUACUUAAUAAACCUGUGCUGUGACAUAUAUUACACGCAGUACUGGAGUUGAGGGGGGAUGAAGGGGAUGGCAUC